CUUGCCUUGGUAGCAUUUUGCUGAUUCAUUAAAAUUCUUUCAGGUUUUCCUGGCUCUACAUUUUCCAUCAUAACCAAUACAAAAUUGCCUAUUAUCAACAAUGGAUAAAAGUCAAGAUAAGGCGAAGAAAUGCUUCUGUGCAAGAUGUUUUCUUCCGGUUGAAGAUGAAGAUAAAGUGGACAUAGAGGGACAGAAUUUUCACAAGAUUUGUAGCAUGUGCUGCGUAUGUCGAAGGAUUCCAUCAGCUGUGAAGAUGUUCUAUGGCCACGUAUUCUGCAAUGAGUGUUUCAAGACACAUGUACUUUGCAGAUUUAAAAAUGAUGCCCCUCACGUUCAUUCUAAUAGCUGGUGGAUGCAAUGGGCACCUGGCCCAAAACCGCCACAAAGUGAAAAAACUUCCCAAGACGGAAACACAACAUUACCGAAAAGGUCGAUUUGCUCACGUUGCUUGCAGCCAGUAGACGACGACAGUAAGGUUGAAAUCGGCGGACAAAGCUUCCAUAGCCAGUGUGCUAGAUGCUAUUUCUGCCAUGAAAUCCCGACUUCUAAGCUCAAGAUAUAUUAUGGGCAAGUUUUCUGCGAAGAUUGUUUCCAACGUCACGUUCUCAAUCGUGGCAAGGACAAUCCUUCCGAUUUCUUCAAGCAUUGUUUCGAGCACUGGCAGAACAAUGCUUUUUUCGCUGAGAAUAUGCAACAAUUUAUGAAUGGGAGUAGGGAGAAUGCGCCCUUCAUAUUCAUGAUGCAAGGCCCCCAACCACCUUUCUGUCGUUGCGGCACUGGACCCCAAGAAUGGUUCCAGCAAAAUGAACCAAAAAAAUCACCGGCUACAUAUUCUACUGGCGGGGAGUCUUUCGGCACUUGUGAUAUAUCAUUUGAGUUUUGCACAGAAGUAUCAGAAAUACCAAGCCGCGCUUUUACAGAAUCAGCAAAUGAAGAAAAUUUAUCCGUAACCGCUGCGAUGCAAAAAAUUGAAAAGCUAACAAAAUACAUACAGAAAAAAGACUAUACAACGAAAAAUCUUUGCAAAAAAUGGAAAAACUUUGUUGAUUUCGAUGACAAGGUUUCAAUUAAGCCUAAAACUGAUGAAUCUAUCUCCGGUUGGAUCGAUUUACAAGAUCGUAAUAUGGAUAGCCUAACACAGCAAUGUCCUAAGUGUUUGUGGCAAUGUGGUCCUAUUUAUGUUAACAGUGAUUAUUUACAGAAUGAAAUUGUUUGUGGAGAUUACUGA